UAGACAAUAUUUAAUCGUACGGGAGGCGAGAAUCUCGCAGUGUUGUGUCGGAAAUCGCGAGAAUAUUUUCGAAAACAUGGAUCUGUCGCUUUUGCCUCUUAUGAUCGACUCCGGUCCACUGUCACCGGCAUCCAGAUGGGCAGCAUCCCCGCUGAUUACACCCGAAGAAUUCGCAUGGCCCACCAGGAGGCUCCUGAGUCAAAUAUCCCAGUUUGACAACAGCAACCUUGUCGUCGUGGACAAGGACAAGUUUCAAGUCCACGUGGAUGUGCAACAGUUUAAACCGAACGAAAUCUCGGUGAAGCUAAACGAUGAUAACACUGUAACCGUUGAGGGCAAACACGAGGAGAGGCAGGACGAACACGGUUAUGUGGCCAGGAGUUUCGUGCGUAGGUACCAAUUGCCCGAUGACGUAGAUGUGGAAAAAUUGGCAUCGAAACUGUCAUCUGACGGAGUACUCACGAUUUCGGCUCCCAAAAAGGCGAGAGGUAAGACGGAAGAGUAUAGGGAGAUCCCAAUCACCAGGGUCGGCCCUGUCAAAUCACCGGAGACGAAAACAGCUGAAGAAAGCAAGCAGUAGGCAGCAUACAAGCUUCAUGUUUAAAUUAUUUUUUGUUAUUUCGAAAUAAACCUUAUUUAUAGCA